AUGUCGCAUCGGCACAUUUUUCUAAGCGAUUCAGACUUGAAGUUUCGCCUUCAAAAGUCCUAUCACAAAUUAUCAAUUCUACUUGCCAAAAUUGGCGAGUUCGAGCUCGCUGAUAACAUCAAAGAGGACGACAUAUCCCCGUACUGGUUGUUAUCAGUUUACCUCACUAACAUCGACAAAAGUAUCAUUAUAUUGCAGAUAAAAGUCCGCGAUUUCAAUAAACGUCCAGACUGGCUUCUCGACGAAAUAAAAUCGUCCUCUUUCAUUUUUGGCGAGUCCCUUCGAUAUGUAAAAUGCAAGCAAGACAACCUUCGCAUUCAUAUUCUUGAUACGACUAACGAGUCGUCCAUAUUUUUUUUGAAAACAAGUCGAUUCGAGACGCUGCUUAAUAGUGAAGAAAUUUACAAGUACGCCAUAAUUGAUGGUUCUAUGUGCAACGCCCAAAUUCAUCAAUUCAAUAUCAAAGACCUGUGGGUCUCACCAAUGUCUGGCGAUAUAAAUGCUGCACAUCAGACAAAACUACAAAUCGAUCAAGGUGAUUUCAAAGAUCUUCUCCGCGUCAUUGAGAGUAAUACUUCGGAAACAAGAAUUACUGGCAUGCUGACAAACAAAGCCCUGGAAGCAUCGUUUCGCGUGAAACAAAUAAGAAGCGAUUCGGAACAUCCGGGCUACACAAAGAAGAAUCGAGACAGUUGGUUUGGAGCAACCUCAAUCUACUCAAAUGCAUCAGUCUUCAAAUUGAGACAGGAUCGCCACUACAAAGCGACAACGUCAUACAGACUCAAUCAAAUCUUCGAUAGCCGAAAAGAGAUGCAGCGUAAGGAAUCGGAGGAAAAAAUGAAUAUCCUGAAGAAAAUUUACGAGGACUUCAACCUAUCCAAAGACACGAACAAACCGAGCAAUUCCUCCUGUGAAGACAACAAAAAAGCUCAAUCUGACGCGACAGAAGAACUGACGGGAGAAAAAAAAUGCAGCGAAAUCUCGACGACCAGAUGCGGAGAAUCUAGUCACGAUUCAGACGAAACUAUGAUCAGCGAUAUCCCUUCGGACUCCGGCGACUGCUCUGAUGAACAUGAAGAUCGGAUCAAUUCUGCUGAAGAGCCAUUAGAAGAAUUUUGCGACAUUUGCCAUCAUUAUGGAUGUAUUGAAGGCUGCGAUAACUACUUCAAAAUCAACCCAGGCUUCCAACACACUGACUGCGAAGACGUCAGUGACACUGACACAAGCAGCGAGUCGAGCGAUGAAGAUAUUUGCCCUGAAAUCUGCUCGAUCGAAACUUGCAAGGGAACUUGUGGGAAAAUCAAAGAUGAGCCAUCGGAUGAAUCCGAAAAACCACCGCUGGCAAGACAACAUGCAGUUAAAAUUGAAACGACCAAUUUCGUCAGGAUUGAAAUCCCAGACGCAGCUUUUGACGGAGAAGUAAUUUUCUCAAGUGCUGACUUCGAAGCAGGUCGUGACAGCAGCGACGAGAGUUCUGUGUCUGUUCAAAGCGACUCUGACGAUGGAAAACAACGAAUCGGGCCGAACAGUUACUUCAUACGCAAGAAUUUAUUACCUUCAAAAAUCAAGGAAGAAAACGACGAUUUUUGUGGGGACAAAAAUCACCUUUGCUUUGAGGAAAAGGAGUCUGAGGAUGAACCGACCGAAGCCGACAAAGAGUUCAUUAAUGACGAUUGCGUCAAUGAAUCCGAUCUAGCUGUACAGAACUUGCUUGCCGCUGAAAGGGAAGAAAAAAUCAAGAAGGACCUUGAAGAUAUUAUCGCUGUUGCUCAGCGAUUCAAAAGAGACUCAUCAGCACCAACGGCAAAGGACAUCACGAACGGCAUCAAAAAACUGCGUAAACGCAAAUACAAAAGAAUCGUCAUCGAGGACUCAGAUUCUGAUAACGAGCCGAUGCGACCAGCAGAGCGACAUUUUACCGACCGUCGCGCACUGAAAUCAGACGAAGACUCUCCUGCACCAAAAAUGAAACGUAACCUGAUGAGCGACUAA